AUGGCCUCGAACUUCCUAUCCCGUCUCCUCCCUUCCGCAGACGACGAAUCUGUCUACGAACCCAUGGACCAAUACAACCAGCGCAGGAGGGCCGCUAGUGGCGAGGAUCACGGGGGACAUGCUGUGGAUGAAGCGAACCUCGAGGCGCAGUUCUUCGACAACGACAUAGACAACAUGCUUGCCGACGGAGCGGAUAGCCACAUCACCACAGAGAGCACGGCUUUCCUGGGCAACAACGCUGGCCGCCGUCAGUCUCAGCCUGCCAUGCCUUCUCAGAACCGACCCAAAUGGAUGCGCAACGCGCCGCCUCAUGCUGUAGCUGCCGAGGAAGACGAUGAUGUGCCAGAGUCUCUCCUGCUUGGCCCAGCGGCAACCGAAAAGCCCAAGGAUGAUGGUCGCCGCAAGGGAGUUCCUGUAUCCGGACGGUUACCCUCUCCCGUGCCCGGACCUUCUACCCGGAACACUCGCGCCAAGUGGGACAUCACCAAGGCCCGACACCGGCUGCAUGAUGAUGACGACCGUCCCGUUCCACGCCCUAUACAGCGAAAGGCACCACGCGGAGGUGGUGCUAUUUUCUCAGAUCCAAAGGAGGAAGCUAUGUGGCGUUGGGUCAAUGUUCAGAACUUGGACCGAUUCCUUGCCCAAGUUUAUGACUAUUACAUUCGUCGUGGUAUCUGGUCCAUCAUAUUGACUGAAGUCCUUGAACUGUUGAGACUUGCAUUUCUUGCUGGACUUUUGUUCACCCUUACAUCUUGCAUCCAGUACAAGCAAAUCUUCCAUGCGAAGUCCCUGACCGACAUCGUCAUUCCGAAAUGCGCUCAACAAGUCCACGGCUUCAAGCUUUUUCUAUUGUGGCUCUUUGCCGUCUACUGGGUAUUCCGAGUUAUCCAGUUGCUCAGUCGCACCCCCAGUCUUUGGCACGUUCACAAUUUCUAUCACCACCUCCUCGACAUCCCAGAUAGUGACAUCCAGACCGCCUCAUGGCAGCUAGUUGUCAGUAGGCUUAUGGCUCUACGUGAUUCUAACUUGGGUACUGCGGAGAACGUGUCAGCUGAGGUCCGCCGAACCGUUGGCGCUCAUUCCAAGCAACGCAUGGAUGCACAUGACAUUGCCAACCGCCUCAUGCGAAAGGAUAACUUUCUGAUUGCGUUGUUCAACAAAGACGUCUUGAAUCUUACCGUACCUCUGCCGUUCAUCGGUGAACGUCAGUUCUACUCGAGGACGAUGGAAGAGCUGCUAAGAGUCUGCUUGGUUGGUUUCGUUUUCGAUUCGGACGGUCAGGUUCAGCCUAGGAUCCUUCAAUCAAGGAACAGAAACACGAUGAUAGAGCUCCUAAGCCAACGGUUCAGAACCUUCGCAGUGAUGAGUCUUCUGCUUGUUCCUUUCUAUGCACCCUAUUACCUCAUAUCUUACUUUCUUCGGUACUUUAGUGAGUACCGAAGCGAUCCAUCUCAACUAGGUUCUAGGAUGUUCACGCCCCUGGCCGAAUGGAAAUUCCGUGAAUUCAAUGAACUACGCCAUCUCUUUAAACGUCGCCGCAACAUGGCAUAUCCUUUCGCCGACCGCUAUCUGCAGCAGUUUCCCAAAUUUAAAACGGACAAGCUUUGUAGCUUCAUCAGCUUCAUUCUCGGCUCAGUGAUUACCAUUCUCGGUAUUGCGUCGCUUCUCUACCCUGAGCUGCUGGUCGAAUUCGAGAUCACUCCAGGACAAACGGUGUUCUUCUGGUUGGGUGUCCUUACACCUAUAUUUGCAAUCACUCGAGGCAUGGUCACGGCCCAGGAACUUGUGUUUGAUCCUGAAUACGCUCUUGAGCAAGUCAUCAACUGCACACACUAUUGCCCGGCGACAUGGCGUGAUCGCCUCCACACCGACGACGUCCGCAAGGAAUUUACUUCGUUGUACCAGCUGCGUGUUGUGGUCUUCCUGGAAGAGAUACUCAGUAUGGUCCUGGCUCCGUUGGUUCUUUACACUAGCCUUCCGAAGUGCAGUGACCGCAUCGUCGACUUCUUCCGCGAGUUCACUGUCCAUGUGGAUGGUCUUGGCCAUGUUUGUUCAUUUGCGGUCUUUGACUUCAAGAAGACAUCAGACAACAUCGCAAAGGGAGGCCAGACGCCGAACCCAGCUCAUGUCGACCUCCGUCGGGAGUACUUUGCCGCAAAAGAUGGAAAGUUGGAUGCGUCUAUUAUGGGAUUCAUGCACGAAUACGGCCAGAACCCAGACCCGCGCGGCAUGUACAAGUCGAACUUCAACCUCCCGCCCGCGUUCCCACCUUUGGCUGCCUCAGUCACUGGAGUGGACGCCGGAGCAGUUGCAGCAGGUAGGGCAGCGCCCAACCAGCGCGCCACACAACGCCACAACCACCGGCGCAGCCAACUAGACGGGCACUCCUCCCCCAUGCAGUCCAUCCUCCUAGACGCACGCCACCAGCCCAACGUGCUGAACUCUCGCAUCUCGCCCCAGCAGGCCGCCCAGACGAACUUUAGUCCUCCAAACACGCACCAUGGCCAAAUGGGCGAGGGCUUCUACGCCGGCCAGGCCGCUGCAAACGAGCAGCAUAGCAUCGACGAGUCGUGGUUCCCGCAGGGCUCUAGUGGCGAUGGCGAAGACGACGAUGACGCGGAUGAUAAUGGUGGCGCGGGCAUCGUGGGCCUCUUGCACCAGUUGCAGAACGCGCAUGCGCAGGGGCGCGGUCCCAGCGUUUAA